AUGCUCAGAUCAUUCCUCAGCUCUCAUGAGAGGCUUCUGUCAUGGCGGCCGCCACGCGUGUACUCAAGAAAGGCAUCGCUCCGUCUUUAGUGGUGAUUUUAGGAGCCACUGGAACCGGCAAAUCCAAACUGGCUAUCGAGAUCGGGAAAAGGCUGAAUGGGGAAAUUAUAAGCGCUGAUUCCAUGCAGGUUUACAAAGGACUGGACAUCAUCACCAAUAAGGUUACAGAUGAGGAGCAAGCCCAGUGUCGCCAUCACAUGAUCAGCUUUGUGGAUCCAUUGGUUAGUGGAUACACAGUGGUGGACUUCAGGAACAAGGCCUUGUCUCUCAUAUCCUUUAUGCAUGAUCGGAAAAAGCUGCCCAUCAUUGUUGGAGGCACAAACUACUACAUUGAAUCCAUUUUAUGGAAUCUGCUCAUCGACACUGGGGUAAAUCAGGGGAGUGACACAGAAUCCGAAAAUGGUGGGACUCCUGAAUCAAAGGCGGAGCUUGAGAAACUGGGUGGUCCUGAACUUCACAGACGUUUGAAGGAGGUGGAUCCUGACAUGGCUGCCAUAUUGCACCCUCAUGACGCACGCAAGAUUGCAAGGAGUCUGCAGGUGUAUAUGGACACUGGAGUUCCACACAGUCGGCUUUUGGAGGAGCAGCGAGGGCAGGAUGGAGGAGAUUGUCUUGGUGGUCCCUUGCGGUUCCAGAACCCUUGCAUCUUCUGGCUGCACUACAAAAUGAAUGCUCUGGAUGAGAGGUUGGACAAGCGUGUGGAUCAGAUGUUAUCGCUUGGGCUGAUUGAUGAGCUCAGAGAUUUUCACCUGCGCUUCAAUGAGAAGAUGAUCAAAGAGAGCAGUCAGGACUAUCAGCAUGGCAUAUUCCAGUCUAUUGGCUUUAAAGAGUUUCACGAGUACCUGACAGCAAGUGAGAACCUCAGUCAAGAAGAACUUGAUAAACUGAAAAUUAAAGGGGUCGAGUCUCUCAAGCAGGCGACUCGCCGCUAUGCCCGAAAACAGAACAAAUGGGUCCGCAACCGAUUCCUCAAGAGACCUUCUAACAAUGUGCCUCCUGUUUACGGUCUGGAUGUGACAGAUGUGACCAAUUGGGAGACUACUGUACUUACUCCUGCUCUAGAGAUCCUGGACUGCCUCCAAAAGGGAGAGCAGCCAUCCACACAGCCAAUCAGAGCUGAGGGGGUGGAGUCUCGCAACAAACGGAGUCAUCACAUGUGCGAUCUGUGCGAAAAGGUGAUCAUCGGCGACUUGGAAUGGACGGCACACCAGAAGUCCAAAAACCAUCUUUAUCAAGUCCGCAAGAGGAGAAAAGCCGAACAAGCCUCAGAUCAGGACACAAACCCUACCGAACAUAAAAAUGUCAUUGACAGGCAGGUACCUGUACUAUAGCACCCACCUCACGGCUCUGAUGGGGCUUAUUGGGGUCAAGCUCACAGAUGGACCAAAGAAAUGAAGGGCUCGUAAUGUAUUUUUCAGAUCAAUAUAAGAAUGUGCUUUCAGAUUCAUUGGUUUGCAGUGAUACCUCAACUUUCCCUGUGGAGUAGCAGAACACACUUCAGGGUCUG